AUGUGAACGAAUGACUCGUGUGUCCACGCACACACGAGGACACUUAAGGAACCACGCCCUUAAAUGCUGCUGCUGCUGAGCGCAAUACCUGAUCAAGGUGCAAUGAUCGUAGGUUCUGUCUGUCUGAUGAGAGUAGCCUAAUGCCUGUGCUGUGCAGACAGGCCUUCCAUCUUGCAGCGAAGGAGGUCAGCAAGGGUCCUGAUAAAUCUCAGACCAGAGCUGUAGUAGUGAAGAGGUAGAGCAGCAGCAGCCAGGAGCCAGCAAUAUUCGUACUUGCUUACUUUCGACCAAACACGGAGUCGCUUUAACUGAUAUCUUUAAGAGACGUCGGUGACAAGAAAGUGCUUUCGUUGGAUUGAGAUGAGCUUUCACACCACUGGCAACAGGUCUGGCUAUUGUCCCCGUACUCCAACAGGUUGUAGCAGGCCGCUAUAUAUAACUGGGGCUCUCAGAAUGUUCGUGGCACCCCAGAAUCACAAUGGAUGACUGUCGUCCUCAUCCUCUCUUCCAGGGAGGACGAGGACGCUUGCUUGUCCAAGUGUGGUUGGGGCCAAGCAGUAACUGCCAUCUACAGACCAAGAAGGUGCGAGACACAUAUCGCUCUUACAGUGUAAUUGGAAUCAGUCACAUUCUUGCUUCUUCGAUUUCGUUACAUUUAUGAUCUCACUCGCUCAGUUCGUGCAUGCAGUUGUGGAAUGGAGUGAAUGGCCUUGACCUUGUCGGAACAGAACAUUCUCAGACGACCGAACGUAAGGUGAAUUGGAUCUUCUGUGUUUUUUUGAAAAAAAAUUUGUUGGCAGAGCUGGCGAGUUGGAGCUGUGCUACGACCUGUGACAGCAGGGCGGUCGAGAAAGCCUGUCGAGUUUGUGGGUGCUGGGUAUGAAUGAAAUCUCAUGUCGGGUGCCAUCAUCUCUCCGAGCGUGAAAUAGAACGCUCACAAGUGGCUUGCACAGCUCUGUAACGAAGAUGGAAUUUCCGAAUUGGAAUUUUCGGGUGCUCACCUUCUUUAUAGUUCUCUGGAGUGCGAUCGGAGGAUUUGAAGUAAUUGGUCUGCAGUAUGCGUGCGAAUCUUCGCCCGCCUCUUUUUCUUUCUGCAACAUCGCGAAUUCAUUUGAAGAACGUGUCAAGGACCUGAUUUCGGAGCUGAAUUUGAGCGAAAAAAUUCAGCAGCUCGGGAACACGGCACCCGGCAUUCCACGGCUGAACAUUCCAGCUUAUCAGUGGUGGCAAGAAGCCUUGCAUGGGGUCGCCAACAACAAUCCAGGCGUAAAUUUCGAUGGUCCCAUCAUAGCUGCAACGAGUUUUCCCCUACCGAUACUGACCGCUGCCUCCUUCAACAGCACUCUGUUCAACAGAAUUGGUCAGGUGGUGUCAACAGAAGCUCGUGCGAUGUUUAAUUCGGGUCAGAGUGGCUUGACCUUUUGGUCACCGAAUGUGAACAUUUUCCGAGAUCCUAGAUGGGGACGAGGGCAGGAAACUCCAGGAGAAGAUCCUCUUCUGUCCAGCAUUUAUGCCGCUAACUUUGUAGUCGGAAUGCAAGAAGGAAACGAGCUAAAAGCGCAGAGGAACGAGGAUCCAAAUUUUAAAUUGAAGACUUCUAGUUGCUGCAAGCAUUUUACUGCGUAUGAUCUAGAAGGUUGGGGAGGCGUGGAUCGUGAUCAUUUUGACGCGCUGGUGACAGAUCAAGACAUGGAAGAUACUUUCAAUCCACCCUUUCAAAGCUGUAUCGAACUAGCACAAGCUAGUAGUCUUAUGUGCGCGUACACUCGAGUGAAUGGGACGCCGGCGUGCGCACAUCACAAGCUCCUCACCAAGACUGUCAGAGAAAAGUGGGAUUUUCAUGGGUACAUAGUCUCAGACUGCGAUGCUGUCUACGAUAUGAUCAAUGACCCCAAGUACGCAUUAACUCUGGAAGAUGCUGUUGCAGACGCUGUGCAGGCAGGCAUGGAUCUCAACUGUGGAAUAACAAUCAGCAAUCAUGGAAGAUUGGCUGUAGAUGAAGGCAAGCUGUCGGAGGAGGAGGUUGAUAGAGCACUUACUAAUCUAAUGUUGGUGCGGAUGCGACUGGGACUUUUUGAUGGUCUUUCUCAAACUCAAAUUUACAGAAAUAUAGGCCCACAGGAUGUCUGUACUCACGAGCACCAAGAUCUAGCACUGGAGGCCGCACUGCAAGGCAUCGUCCUCCUGAAGAAUGAUAAUACGACCUUGCCACUCUCCAGAGAAACUGUAUCGUCCUUAGCUGUUGUGGGUCCUAGCGCAGCCGAUGAAGAGUUCCGAAUGCUUGGCAGCUACGCUGGCAUUCCUUGCACGUACAUCACACCAGCUCAAGGUCUGAGUAUGUUUGUCAGCAACAUCGACUAUCAAGCAGGAUGUUCUAGCAUAUUCUGCGAGGAAGACGAUUUUAGCGAUGCAUCCGAAGCGGCACUUGGAGCGGAUGCCGUCGUAAUCGUGGUAGGACUUAGUCUGAGUGAAGAAAAAGAGGGACUCGAUAGAACAAGUCUGCUGCUACCUGGUCAUCAACAGGAGCUUGUUUCUUCCGUGGCCAGAGCUUCCAAAGGCCCUGUUGUGCUUGUCAUCAUGUCGGGUGGUCCGGUGGAUGUAUCUUUUGCCAAAGACGAUCCAAACAUUGGCAGCAUUUUGUGGGUAGGUUAUCCCGGGCAAGCUGGAGGGCAAGCACUUGCAGAGAUCAUUUUUGGAGAGCGGAAUCCAGGAGGAAACCUUCCAAUAACGUGGUAUCCAGAGUCCUUCACCCGGGUGAAUAUGACAGAUAUGCACAUGCGUCCCAACGAAUCAUCAGGUUAUCCUGGGAGGACCUAUCGCUUCUACACUGAAGAGGUUGUUUACCCUUUUGGUUCAGGGCUAUCGUACACGACCUUCAGACAUACAGUGAAGUCGGCUCCUGCUGUUGUUGUGGCACCCAAUCUACAGCAACAAGCUUGCUACCACGAGCACAAGUUUGUUGAGAGCAAUCUGAUUCAAUGCACAGAUCAUGACUUGAAUAGAUGUGAAGAUUCGUCCUUUGAGAUUCAGAUCGAAGUGAAAAAUGAAGGGCUCCGGAGCGGAAGUCAUGUCCUCAUGCUCUUUUCUACUCCUCCUGGUAGUGGCAGGGAUGGCGUCCCAUUAAGACAACUUAUAGCCUUUGAGCGUGUUCAUCUUGAGGCUGAGUCGCAGCAUACUUGGAACUUGGUUAUAAAUGCUUGCCGUGACUUGAGUACCGUGACGUCCAGUGGGACAAAGGUACUGGGUAUUGGCAAGCAUGUGCUCUCGGUUGGAGACGACAAACAUUCUAUCAUGUUUGUUGCUGGUUCUGAGAAUUUUCUCGAAACUCAAGCCACGAGCAAGAAUGACCAAGUUCUCUUCUCUGUUGGUUGAAUAACUGCUUAUUAACUGGUUUCAAGACUGAGGCAGGUGUAUAUAUUCUUGCGUUUACGCACGAUCUCGAGGAUCGUAUUGCUUUCUUCGAUUUUGCGCAGCCGAAGCUGCAACAUGAGUUGAUGUUGAGAACGAUCGAGGUACUCCGAAGGUGAACAAGGUGAUUUGAAGAAUGAAUCAAGGUGAGGAGCUAUCUUGGAACAUCAACCUGCCUUGAGUUAAAUACUCUCAUAGUUCCAGCUAGCACCUUUUCUCCAAUAAAAUGAUACUGGAUGUCUAUGUGGUCGCUCCGGUCAUGCAUCUCAACACUUCUGCACGUUUGAAAGUCUUCAAGCUUCAUGCAUAAAAGAGAUGUAGAAAUCAAACACCCCCUCCAGUAAUACUUCUGCAUAUGCUAUUAUUUUUUUUUGUCAUCACCCUCUAGUAUGUGCUUCACUCUUAGCAGUCUUUCCCUUGUCAGUUCCUCUUACAAGUCUUAUUAAUCCAUCUUCCUCAAACUCGAAGCCGGUCCAUUGUGUACCUUUUUCCUUUGCUCUCGUCAGAAACUUAGCUCUUAACUUGGCAGUUCAAGCAACGUUCCCUUUCAGCCAGAUUAUUAUCUGUUCAAAAUGGCUGUCUACUUUUCCUUCGAGUUUCCACAAAACCACAGUGCUGGAUUCCAUCUGUACUCGACGUCGUGAAUGCAGGUGAUAAUGUUCCUACCUUCUGUACUACGUAAACAGCAAAUACUUUUCCCAGCUCUGCCAUUAUGUUGUUAAAACCAACAAACGCAUGAGUGAGUAGCUUUUUACUAGACUUCAGCCAAGUGCUUUUAUGCAAGAUCUGAACAUCAUCAUAGACAUUCCGUGUCAUUUUAUUGGGCAGCAGGUUCUAGCUGGAAGUAUGAGAAGUAUUUUAUUGCACUGGUGAAGAAAAGAUAUAGCUGACAAACACUGAAGAAUGCACAGUUUAGGAAAGUCUCCUCCAAGUGCCAUCAAGGUUUUCGAUACCUUUGUAAACAGAACCAGGAUUGGUUGUUGCGCCAUAUCCUCUUCUAUGACUCCGCUAUAUGGCAAAGUUUCAAACGAAUCCAAACGAUGUUUCACCUCUACAGUAAGCUUCAGAUAUGUUGUUAU